AUUGCAUUAAAUUUAGGGAUUUAAACGGCUAGAUUGCUGUGAAAUUUGGUUGUGAAUUUAUUUAUAGGGAUAGGUGUUCAAGUCCUCCAAUCUUUCUACCAGUGGGGAAGUAUUUGUAGAUUGGAUUUUUCAUUGCUUUGUGAAAUUUGUUCUGAACUUUUUAUUGAGUUUGCUAAGCUUUUACUCUUUCAUAAGGGAAAAUAAGGGAAAAAGCCACUCCCUGUUCACAUGUAAGAUUGGCAUUACUAGACAAGAAUUUCCCAUUUCCUCUCUAUUUCUGGCAGUCAAAUGGGACCUUAUAGAAGUAACAGGGUUUGAAAUUAGUAUUUGAAAAAUCAAAAAUAAAAUUAGGAUAUUGUUUCUCCUAGAAAACUUAAUUUGAAGAUUACUACUUGUAAAUUGUAAUUAGAUUGGAAUAUAAAACCGAAAUCAGUAUGUUGAUAAGUAGCACUUGAGAUAGGUAGCAUGAGUUUUGGAUUCAGACUAAUUCAAAACAGUAUGUUCAGGCUUACCCAGCGAUUUUUUCUUCUAAUGGAUUAAAGAAAGAAUUUGCAAUAAAAAAUAAGAAAGUUGAAAAGAUUACAGAAUCAGAUGAAUGGCCUAAUCAUCCUAUUAUCACUUGUUCUAUUUGUGGGCCCCUUAUUGUAGGACCACUGGAGUGGACUUUAACUUGAGUAGUUGUAUAGAUUGGGAGGUGAGAGGUGUAGAAACAGGGGUUGUUAUAGAAGUAGUUUGAGUGGUAAAGUAGCAGAAAUGCAGUAUUUGGCACUAUGAUUAAAUUGACAUGUAGACAAUUAUUCAAUUCUAAAGGUUAGAAUUACGUUAGUUACUAUGUUUUUUUCUUGUGAACUUGUAUUUGUAUAUACAGUAGACAGGUCAAUCCAUUUAUUCUUCUGCCUCAUAACCCUGAGCAUGCAUGUUCAGGUUAAAUAAUGUGGAUAUGCUUGAAUCUAACAGUUUGGAGGAGCUUGUAAUUGUAUUAUUUUUGGGAUAAAUUUCUGCAUUUGCUAUCUUUGUAAACUACAGUUAGGAACAAACAGUUUCAGUUGCAAAUUUAAAUAUAAAAUGAUUGUAGUUCUAACCGUGGCCUUUUCUCACUGUAAGAUGGAAAUGUAAAAGCUGAGUUAUUUAUCUACUGUAGUAGUAACAUAUUGUCUCUAGGCUUUAUUUCAUUGUUAUUGCAGUCUGUUAUCUCUGCUAAUAGACUCAGAAGCCAUGCCUCUGUCUCUGCCUCCAUUGAGUGAUAAAAGAAAGUAAAGAAAGUAUUGGAUGAAAAAGGUGGCUAUCUAGGAAAAUAAGAUGAAAAGGAAAGAAAGAGGAUGGUAUGGAGCAUUUCUGUCUUUAACUUGCUGUGGAAUGCCUUUACAAGAGGUCCAAGUUCUCUGUUUCAGGAACGGACUCAAAUCAUGCUGAACAUAUUGUUUUAAACAGAAACAUUAGAAAUUUCUCUCUUUUCUUUUUCUUCCAAAAAUCGAAUGAAAAAAGGAGAAGGUUACAACAGUAAUGGAGAUUCUUCUGUCAGUCUUUGUAGGCUUUUGCUGACCUUUUUUGGAGCCUGGUCCCAUUGUACUUGCAGACAAUGUACCAGAAUAACCAUCAAUCAUUCCAUACCUAAAAUACCCUUUGGCCAGGAGUAAUCACUUGUAGAUCAGGAAACUGGGAUCCAAGAACUUGUCCAAUUUCCAAAAGAAUCCUUCCUCCCCUUUAUGCAGGAAUCCAUUUUCUUUUAGUAUUCCAAAACCUAGGAAUCACUGGUAGUUGCCUUUACAUGAUGAGGACUGCUGGCCACACUUAUUGAAUUCCCUGAUAUGGCAUAUUAGUAGAUCAUAAUCUUGUCAAAUGAAAUAUUUAAAUGGUCAAUAAUCUAACCACCUGGGUAUCAUUUCCUUUCAAGGAAGAUGAAUAUUUUACUUUGAGGGGAGUGUAAUUGUGUAAAGCUGCUUCAUUGUAACUUAAGCAGCAUGAUUUCAAAUCAUGAAAAUAACCUCUUGUGACUUGUGAGCAUUGCUAGUGUGAGCCUUGUGGUACAAACUCUGGGAAGGAUGUAAUUAUAAACUCUUCUAGAGAGUGUAUAGAGACGAGACUCUUGAUGUAGCAGGAUUGAGUGACGCUAGUUGUGUAACCUAAGUAGCGCUAGCUGUCAACUGCUUCUGUUGCUCAAAUUAUUUUUCUCAACUUCUCAUGGUUGAUGCUAGCUGUUCUAAUGGUUGAUGCUAGUUGUAGGUACUUCCAAGGUUAUGCCACUGUUUGGAGAGGGGAGGAGGUAUUUAACCUCAGAAGUCAGAGGAGAAAAUUUUGCCACUAUAUCUGAGAAAGGAGGGUACUUUGGUAAUGGAAACCUCAUAACUGCCUUAUUUAAGGCAGUAAUAAAAGGGUAACCAUUACCAAAGCUGUUUGCCAAAUUUGAGAAAAAUCCAAAAGAUUUUAAAAACCCUAGACUGUCCUCAGCUAGUAUUUAUUACUCUCAUGACCCCUCUCCAGGGCACUCUGCCUCUCUCUGGAUUGUGUACUUUGUUCCUCAGACAAUAGAGAAAACCCUUGAUUCUCCUGGCUUAACUUUUUAUAUAUUCCUAAGUUUGAGAGAGAGAUGCGGGGUCGAUCCACAAAGCAAGAGGUCAAAGAAGGAAUCGAAACAGACAAGCUUUGUAAGCUCAAAGAGGAACCUCAGUUCUCUGGGGCUUACAUCCGUAGCCUUGUGAAACAACUAACCUCUUCAAGAAGCAAAGGCUCCAUGCAUCCCAAAGACCCUGAAUGUGUUGAUGGGGAUGGGGUUACUGGCCAAAGUUUGACCCAGUUUAGAGAAGGUAUCAAUGAAACCCCUCAACCUCAGCAAUCCCAACAGCCACAACAACACAAAAAACAGAUUAGGAGGAGACUCCACACCAGUAGACCUUACCAGGAAAGGCUGCUUAAUAUGGCUGAGGCCAGGAGAGAGAUUGUUACUGCACUCAAGUAUCAUAGAGCAUCUAUGAAACAAGCCAAUGAGAAGCAACAACAACAGCAACAACAGAAUUCACAACCAGUGCAAGUUUCACAAGUUUCACCUUCUCCAUUUUCUGAUCAAGAAGGAAAUAUUAAGUCCCAGAGAAAUCCUGGAAUAUACCCAUCAGGAAAUCCUAAUUUCUCGAAUUAUUUAGACAAUUUUUCCUACUCAGCCUUUCCUCACCCUCCUCCAUCAAACUUCUCUUGGCCUGUUUGCUCAAUUCCUCCUCCAACUGUGGCUGACAACCUCAAUUUAGCUCUUCCAAACCAACCUUUGGGCCUUAAUCUCAAUUUUCAUGAUUUUCACAAUUUGGACACCAAUCUUUACCACAAUACCAACAACUUCUCUGUCUACUCACCCUCAUCUCCAUCUUCAUCAUCCUCCCCUCCGAUUUCCUAUGCUACUGAGGAAGUUCCUUCAGUUGCAGUAUCUCAUGAUUUUGGGCCUCCACCAGUCUCUGAAUCUUAUGACGGAGGAGAUUUACAUCCGGUGAUGGACGAAGAGGAGAUGGCAGAGCUCAGAUCAAUAGGAGAGCAGUAUCAGAUGGAAUGGAAUGAUAGGAUGAAUUUGGUCACAUCAGCGUGGUGGUUCAAAUUCUUGAGGUCCAUGGAGCUGGAGCCAGAAAAACUGAAGCCAGAGGAGGAUGAUGGGUACCGUCCAUUUGAUGAAAUCAUGGAGUUUCCCUCCUGGUUAAAUGCAAAUGAGAGCUGCUUGCAACAACAUUUUGAUGAUUACUGCUCACCUGAGUACUUCCAAGAUCCUGCCUUGCCUUGCAUGGACAUUGAAGAAAUUGAUGGAAUGGAUGGGGACUGGCUUGCUUGAAUUGUCAAGGAUUGGAUUUUUUUUUGUUGAACACAUCCUUGGCCCGCUCUUCUUUUUUUUCUCAUUCAAUUUUUAUUGACCAGUGAACUUUUGAUGGUGCAAUCCCGACUUCCCCACUGCGAAAACAUUAUGCACGAGAGUUGUUUUUUUAGUCUUUGAAAACUUUAGUUGAGCACAUCUAAUAAGGUCUGCAAGUGAUGUUUUUAUCUUGGCAGGUCAUAGUAGGAAAUAAUGUAAGGCAGGAGUUGAUAUUCUCCUAGAUAAGUUUUUGAUAUCGGAACAUCUAUAUCUGUAGAGAUCAACAUCUGAGCUUGUUCUUUGUUGCUUGAAUGGCAAUUUCAGUCAUGAAAAAAAAUUGUCUACUACUCUAUUUGUCAAA